AUGCAAGUAACAGCUCUUAACAUCGGCAGGAACUGCUCCUGCGGACCUUGCAAACAGCAGAGGUUGGUAAGGACUCCUCUUACAAGAAAACCCAAAGCUGAACCUUGCAAAAGGAUGGUCGGUCAGACGGACGCCGAUGUUUUUGACGGGGAGGACAUGCUGGCACAGCCCAUUCUCCAGCGAUCGGACAGUCUCCCUGCGGACUGGGACGGGUAUGAGCCCUUUGAGGCAGGCAAUGCUGCCGCCCCACUGCUGAGCAGUCAUAAGGAGGAUGACUGGAAGGACUUUGCCCGGUCGGAGCUGUGGGCGGUGGGGCGCAUGGCGCUGCCGGUGGCGGGGAUGAACUUUGUGUGGCUCAUGCGCACCAUUGUGUCCACCAUCUUCCUGGGGCAGCUGGGCCGGCUGGCGCUGGCAGGCGGAUCCCUGGCGGUGUCCAUUGCCAACGUGACGGGCUACUCCGUCAUCACGGGCCUGUGCUAUGCGCUCGAGCCGCUGAUGUCACAGGCUCUGGGCGCGGCGCAGUUCCACGAAGUGGGCAUCCAGCUGCAGCGCGCGGUUACCAUUCUGCUGGCGUGCACGCUGCCCAUCUGUGCCAUGUGGUGCUUCAUGGAGCCCAUUCUCAUCCUGCUGGGGCAGGACCCCGCGGUCGCGCGCGUGGCGGGGAUCUACAUCGUGCACCUCGUGCCGGACGCGUUCAUCAUCUGUUUCGUCAUGCCCCUGCGCAUCUAUCUCACGUCACAGGGCAUCACCGUCCCCAUGUUUGCGUGCGCCCUGGUUGCCGCGGCCGUGCACAUCCCCCUCAACAUCCUGUUCAUCUCCGUCCUUGGCUGGGGCCCCGUCGGCGCCGCUGCUGCCACGUGGAUCUCUGACCUGCUCCUGCUGGUGCUGCUGCUAGCCUUCAUCUGGGUGUCGGGCGUGUACAAGCAGUCCUGGGGCGGCUUUGCUCCGCGCGAGUGCUUCCGCGAGUGGGGGCCCUUUCUGGCGCUCGCGGUGCCGUCCUGCUUCAGCGUCUGCCUCGAGUGGUGGUGCUAUGAGGCGCUACUGCUUGCGGCAGGCCUCCUCGAUAACCCCGAGUUGGCGGUCUCGACCAUGGCGAUCACGGAGAACGUCACCACGCUGCUCUUCAUGCUGCCAGGCUCCCUCGGGAAUGCGGUCAGCGUGCGCAUUGGCAAGGAGUUGGGCUCCAACAAGGCCCGCGCCGCGCGCCUCGCUGCGGAGGUGGGCGUGGCGCUCGGCUUUGCUCUGGGCCUGCUCAUCACGCUGUUCCUCAUCCUGCUGCGCCACCCGCUCGCGCGCUGCUUCACGGCGGACCCGCAGCUGCUCGCGCUGGUGGGGGGCGCCAUCGUCAUCAACGCCAUCUCGCUGCUGGGCGAUGCGCCGCAGGCCGUGAUGCAAGGCAUCUUGCGCGGGAGCGCUCGCCCCGCCACCGCCGCCAAGAUCAACGUCGGCGGGUACUACCUCGUCGGCUUGCCCGUGGCGCUGGGGCUCGCGUUCUGGGGCCACUUCGGGGUGUACGGCUUGCAGUGGGGCAUCGUGUGCGCGCAGGUUAUGCAGGUGCUCCUCAUGGGGACCGUUGUGUGGAGGACCGACUGGGCCACCGAGGCGGAGAAGGCGCAAGCGCUCACGGGAGUGCUCACAAGCGAGGGCAAGGUGCAGGGGCGGAAACCCACAAAGGCGAUGACGAUCGCGAGGAAGGGGGCGCUCGCAUUUGACGAGGACGGCAUGGCGCCCAUUGCGCGGUCGAUGGAUAGCUACUUCCUGAUUAGCAGUAGCUACUCGUAAUAGCACUGGCGCUCAGGUUCGGUUGAGUUGUUUCUCUUGAUCUGUCGUGUAUAAGCUGCUGAACAAUGUACAAAAUAUGCUCGCGCUAGGUAGUAGAUAGUUGUGGAUAGUAGUCCUUGUUGUCGACACGACGCACUUACGGCGCUAUAAGCGAGAGCAAUUACUCAUAGGGUACCAGAGCCCGUGUUGCUGAGCACAGUUAAAACUUAGUACUAGAUACAAAGAAUGGUUCCUACUGGUACAGGGACAGUUGUUUCGUGGAGCUUUUAAUAGUGUCCUUGCAGAAGUAUCAUACCAUGAUGGAUCCCCAGAUAUAGAUCGCGGCGGUGGUUCGAUAGUCGCUCAAGCCGCUAUAGCCUGGCCGGAGUAUGCCAGAAGCUCAAUCCAUUGGAUGCGGAAACUUUGAAGGCUUGGGGUGUCGCUUUUUGGUCUCUUUUUGAACGCCACGUGCGAGAAAUGCG